AUUCAGUGGAUGUCGCCAUCAAAAUGGCGGUGGCGGCGGGAAAUACGAGUGCGGUUCGUCGUUUGCGCUGCUGAGAGAGGAGCUGAGGCGCCAUGGAUGCCUCAGGCUGCAUGAAGUCCCUGCUCCUGGCAGCAACGCAGUAUCGGGCCGCCAAGACAGCUCCCAACGCGGCGCUCCUGCAGCGCAGCCUGGAGGUUAUCUCUGGCCUGAAGCUUACACGAUUGUUUGCUUCAAAUCAGAUUCUGCCAAGUGAAUGUCUCAGUUGCCUAGUAGAACUCCUUGAGGAUGCUAAUAUAAACCCAUCUCUAACCUUGUCUGUGGUUACUUUGCUAUCACAGCUAGCUUUAGACAAUGAGACUAGAGAAGCUCUUCAGGAUACCUACAAUCUGACCAGUGUGCUGGCAGGAGUGGUUCAUCGAAGUUCUACUAAUCUUAGCGACCCGGUCUUAUUACAGAGUAUUCAGCUACUGCAGAGGCUAACCUACAAUGUUCCUGUCUUUUCCGCUGGUGCCCAUAUCGAUGAAUUGAUUUCAUUUCUAAUGCAGCAUGUUCAACCCACUGAAGACGAGUUAACAAUACCGUGUUUAGGACUCUUGGCAAAUCUCUGUCGUCACAACUUGUCUAUUCAAACUCGGAUAAAAUCUUUGAAUAAUGUGAAGAGUUUCUAUCGUACCUUAAUAAGUUUCCUGGCCCAUAGCAGUUUGACUAUGGUUGUGUUUGCACUUUCACUAUUAUCAAGCCUUACUUUAAAUGAAGAAGUAGGAGAAAAACUCUUUCAUGCUCGAAAUAUCCAUCAGACGUUUCAGUUAAUAUUCAAUAUUGUUGUAAAUGGAGAUGGUACUCUAACAAGAAAAUACUCUGUUGAUUUAUUCAUGGAUCUUCUGAAGAACCCCAAAGUUGCUGAUUAUCUUAGCAGAUAUGAGCACUUUAUCUCAUGCCUUGGUCAAGUGUUAGAUCUUCUUCAUGGAAGGGAUCCCAAUUCAUCAUUCAAGAUCUUAGAGCUCCUGCUUGCCUUCUGUUCUGUGAUGGAACUGCGUCAUAUCCUGCGGCAGGCAAUACUGGAACCAUCUGGCUUGCCAGUCUCUGGAAAUACCAGAUUUGUGACUCGCUCAAAGACUUUUGAACCAUCUGUUGCAUUGGUGCACUUGUCAAACCAACCAUUGGAAGGCUCUGAAGACUCUUCAGUUCUAGCACUGCAACUAUUCAAAGAGAUUUUUGAGGAUGUUAUUAAUAGUGGGAACAGUGCCUCAGCCGAGCAUUUUGUGGAUCUUUUGCUGCCUGUUCUUCUCGAUCAUCUUCAGAUGCCAGAACAGAUUGUGGAUGAGCUAUUAGUGAAGAAGUGUGAAAGAAUGGCCAAGGCUAUUAAUGUCCUGACAAUGCUCUGUAGAGAUGACAUACUGAAAAUGCAUGCCUCGAAGGUACUGACUGCCAGCCAGUGCACGUCUCUAAUAGAACACCAGUUUACCUAUAGUGGGAUCGAUACUGGGUUUGGGACGAAAGUAGGGGACUCUAAAAUGUGCAAACUCUCUGCUGAUAUUGUUUUGAAAACACUUGAUCUUAUGAGCAGACUGAAGCAGGAUGUACCUGGUAUGGAGGUCAGCUUCUACAGAAUUUUGCAGGAUCAACGCUUGAUUACACCUUUGACGUUUGCUUUAACAUCAGACCACAGAGAGCAAGUCCAAGUGGGACUUAGAAUACUAUUUGAGGCUGCACCCUUACCAGAUUUUCCUGCCGUAGUGCUUGGUGAAAGCAUUGCGGCAAAUAAUGCUUAUAGACAACAAGAAACAGAGCAUGCAUCAAAAAGAAUCCAACUGCUUUCACCCGUGACCAGCGUUACUUCAGUGAGGUGUUCUGCAUCCUGUCUUUCAAGUGAUGAAUCUGCAACUUCAAAUGUUCAGGAGUUAAUACAAAAACUUCAUUCUGGACUAGAGAUGAAGGAGUCGCUCACUGAUACGAGGAUAUCUGACAUAAUGGAUGUCUAUGAGCAGAAGCUGUCAGCAUUAGCAUCUAAAGAAACUAGGCUGCAAGACCUUUUGGAAGCAAAGGCAGUAGCUCAGGCUCAGGCUGAGAGGCUGAUGACUCAGUACAGAUGUCAAAGAGCCCAGGCUGAGUCAGAGGCGAGAACUCUUGCUGCAAUGUUGAAGGAUUCAGAACGAAAAAAUGAAGAACUCGGUGAUUUGCUGAAAGCUCAGCGGACCGAAUCUGAAAGAGCACAGACUGAUAUGGAACAGCUUUUCCAACACAACAGGAAAUUACAAACAGUUGCUGAAGAAUAUGAGAUAUUGAAAAAAUCCUCUGCUGAUCUUCUUCAGAGGUAUGAAACAACUGAAAGACAGCAUAAGGAUUUACAGAUUACAUGCAAUUCACUACAUAAACAAAUGGAAGCAAUGAAGAAACUAAAUGAAUCACUCAGGCAGCAGAAUGACAGGAUUGCUGCACAGUUGGUAGAAACCGAAGAUCACAGAAAAGAAUUGCAGCAACAGCUAGAGGAGAGAGAUGGCAAAAUAGCAACUUUGCAACAGAAAAUAAAAGUUCUGGAAGAAAAACUGAAAGCACAGCAGAAAGAAAAAAAAGAUAUGGAACAAACUAUAGAUAUUCUUAGAAAGGAAUUAAGUAAAACGGAGCAAGCAAGGAAAGAACUGAGUAUCAAGGCAUCUUCUCUGGAAGUUCAAAAAUCCCAGUUGGAAGGACGCUUGGAAGAAAAAGAAGCACUUGUAAAACUACAGAAGGAAGAAUUGAACAAACAUUCCAAUAUGAUUGCAAUGAUUCACAGUCUAAGUGGUGGCAAGUUAAGUGCAGAAACAGUGAACCUCAGUUUAUAGGGUUUUGUUUUUAAGAAUUUAGUAUUUUAUACAUAUGUAUGAAUAUAUGUAAAGGUGUUUAAACCUGAGGCUAGCAUACUAUCUGACUUGGGAAAAAAAAACCCAACUAAAAUUAAAGUAGCCUAACUAUCAAUUGAGAAGCAAGAGUGGUAAUUGUGGAAGCUUUGGUCUGAAAAAACUUGAGCUAUUGUGUAGCAAAUAGAUCUCGUGAUGGUCUUGGUAGAACUAUUGUCACCUGUAUUGGGAGCUGCAUGCAACCUUUGCUGGUGACUAACCUUUCUUAAAUAUAUAUAGGGAAAUGUAAAGCAAAAUAGGAGUCACUGUCAACUUUUUUACCUGUAUAUUCUUGUAUUGGCUGUCUGGCAAGGAGCAUGCUUCAUAGGUUAAGCACUUCUAUAACCUCGUUUAUUUCAACUCUUCUGAAUAUCAUUAUUGUUUGUGCAGUGUUGCUUUCUGAUGUUUAAGGUACAAACAUAAAAAUAAAAUGGAUUUUUUUCAAUUAGAACAUGUUAUGUUGAAAGCUGUAUUUAUCAGCGUAUCGGUGCAAGUGCUUCAUGCAGUAAACGUGCGGAGGCGUUUAUAAUUACAAGGAGAUAUGAAAUAGAAAACCACAUUUGAAUGACUUUUCAGCAGGUAGCAUCAAUUAGGGAAACCAUGCUAUAAUGAAAUACAUGAAUGUACAAAUAUUUCAUAAAUACUAGAUAAUACUUUCCUAAUCCUACAAUACUUUGCAUUCUUUAAAAAGAUCUGCACUUUUCGACAGUCUUAUCUGGUACCUGCUGGCUAUUCUCAGCAUUGCUGUUUGCUGCUGUACACCAGCAGGAUUUCCUAAGUUGUUCGUAGUAUAACUAUUUAGGUAAUUUUGUUUUUUAAAAAAUGUACUUUCAUAUGAAAGACUAGUACUAGAACCUAAUGCACACUAUUGAGUAGGCAGAACACUUUCCCGUCCUUAGUUAACACGUGACAUGAAUAACAUGUCUUUUAGCAGUUGGCAGAACUAUUUCAUUAGUAUCUGUGUUUUGGUAGAGUUACCAGAGUUUUGAGUCAUCUAAUGUAUAUUUUUUUUCUUUUUCUGUAGCAUUGCUGCCUUUACUUGUAUCUAAUUUGUAAUGGCUAGAUUUUAAAAUACCUGAGAUUCUUUGUUUUUCAAUUGUGUAAUAGAAGUGUCUUACUGAUCUGUUCAACUCGUGUCUAAGUACAUCCUUGUACAUUCUGUUGCAAUUAUACGCAUCUGAUGAGUUGUAUUGGUUUUAACCUGUUAUUGAAAUACAGUGUUUGUAAGUUAAGCACAGGCAAGAGUCAGAUGUUCUGGUCUCUGUGAAGACCAGGGGAAUAAAACAAAAAUCAAUUGCUCUA